AUGGAUUCAAAAUCUUAAAUAAUAAGUAUCAUCAUAUACUUAAUAUAGUUUUUAUGAUGAAUUAGAAACGAUGUCCUUAAAAUAAAAUAAAACUGAUGGCAACUUCUAAAUAUUCAUCAAUGAAAUUUAGAAAACCAAUCUUUGUUGGACUUCAAAAUUGCAUCCUAUAGUGGAUUACUUUAAUUAAUUGUUAGAAUAUACUCAAUGUAAAGAAGCCUUGUCAAAUUUAAAAUUGGAUUCUUGGAAAUUUACAAGAAGGGACUGAUAAUGAUGAUAUGACAUGGAUUGUUAAAUAAAACUAAUUAAAUAAAAAAAUUUAUAAGAAGAUGAAAUCAAAUUAAAGUUAAUUAAUUAAUCUAGAUGUUGGGCACUAGAUUUUGAUUCUUAUGGGUCAAUUAUGGUAUCAACUUAAUCGAAUAAAUUAAAGUAUGGAGCUUUCUAAAUGGAACAAUUAAAUUACAAACAAGAUUGUAAGGACAUAAUGAUUCAACUAGGUGUUGAAUAUUAAUUAGAAAUAGAAUUCCUUAGUUGCAGGUGACAAUACAAUAAGAUGCUGGAAACAAUCGGAUUCAAUUUAUUGGAUUAGUUCAUAACCUUAUAAAGAGCCUAAAUUAUUUGUGAGAUUUUCAUUGAAUUAGAAUGAGGAUUUACAAUUUUCUGGAAGUGACGAUAAUUUAAUUAGAUUAUGGAAGGUUUAUUUUGAUAAAAAAAUAUUGACAUACAAUUAUUUAUUAGAUAAACAUAAUAAUGAGGUGAUGGCAUUAAGUUUAAAUUAAUCAGAAUCAUUAUUAGUUUCAUGUGCAGAUGGGAAGAAUUAAAUUAUUAUUUGGGAAAGAAGAGAAUAAGAUAAGUAUGAAUUCAAAUAAUUUGUUAUUAUGGAUGAAUUUAUAACAUAGAAAAAAAUAUAUCAUUGA